GGUUUCUUCCCUGCCCGUGUUCUCCGUACAUUCUUGAAAACAAAGGGCUCAAAAAAUAUCCCAAUCCAAGCUAUUGGCCUUUCACUCUAUGAGGAACUUCCAGACACAACCGUUGAACAAGUUGGUACAGAAGUUAUUAGAACACAGUGGUUAGAUUUCUCUACACUCGGUGAAAAGAGUUUAGUUGGAAAACGCGUCCUUAUCGUCGAUGAAGUCGAUGACACAAGGAAAACAUUAGGGUACGCCGUCAGCGAACUCCAAAAGGACGUCCAAGAGCAAUACAAGCAUCUUCCAGCGGAUACACCACCCACCGAGUUUGCUAUUUUUGUCGUACACAACAAAUUGAAGGAGAAAGCAGCUGGAAUCCCUUCAGAUGUUAAGUACUUCCCUGGUGCAGAGAUUGAAGAUAUCUGGGUAGAUUAUCCAUGGGAGCAACAAGAUAUCAUUGAACACACUCGUCUUGCUGAAGAAGAUAAAAAAAAGCAAGCUUCUGCAUCUCAACAGUAA